AUGGCACAGUUCGCUCCUCCACUCACCGGCGUCCGCGUGCUGGAGUUCGCAGGUCUGGCACCAGGUCCUUACGCCGGCCUCCUCCUCGCAGACUACGGCGCUGAAAUCCUCCGCGUCGAUCGCGCCCACCCAGCAGCAUUCACCGACUCCCCUCCUCCUCCAACGAACGAUGCUCUCACCCGGCACAAGAACUCGAUCACAGUCAACACCAAAACCCCGGCCGGCAUCGCCCUCCUCAAAGACCUGAUCCGCAAUGUCGACAUCGUCAUCGACCCAUUCCGCCCGGGAGUGCUCGAGAAGAUGGGACUCUCCCCAGAGAACGUGAUGCAAAAGAUCAACCCAAGAGUCAUCGUCGCGCGAAUGACGGGUUUCAGACGGGAUGGAAAGUACAAGGAUAUGGCGGGUCACGAUAUCAACUAUAUUGCUGUGUCAGGCGUGCUCAGUAUGCUGGGUCGGGAGGGCGAGAACCCAUACCCGCCGGGCAAUAUCGUGGGUGACUUUGCGGGAGGUGGAGCGGUGCUGUUCAUGGGCGUCCUUCUGGCGCUGCUGAAUCGUCAGAAGACGGGUUUGGGACAAGUUGUGGAGGCGAAUAUGGUGGAUGGCGCGGCGCAUUUGGCGAGUAUGCCGAGGUUUUCGAUGAACACUCCUAUGUGGGACGGUCCAAGAGGGACAAACACAUUGGAUGGUGGAGCUCCGUAUUAUGGAACGUACGCGACGAAGGAUGGAGGGUUCAUGUCUGUGGGUGCACUAGAGCCGCAGUUCUAUGCACAGUUGUUGAAGGGAUUGGGAAUUGAUGCGAAUGACAAGAUGGCGAAGAAUAGGCUGGAUAAGAAGACCUGGCCGCAGCAGAAGCAGGUGUACACGAGGAUCUUCAAGACGAAGACGAGGAAGGAGUGGGAGGAUAUCUUUGACGGCACGGAUGCUUGUGUCACGCCUGUGCUUACCCAGGGAGAGCUACGGAAGGAUGGCUUCGACCAAAGGCCGAUCGUAACGUUGAGGGCGUCGCCCGCAAAGGCCAUUGCAGAUGGUGAUCACGGAAGGCCGGCGGCACAAGGGCAGGGCAUUGGUGUCGAGGGUGAGGGAUGGACGACGCCGGGAUUGCGGCCUGGUGAGGGUGGCGAGGAAGUGUUGUCACAAUGGAUGGGCUGGAGUAAGGGACGGCAAUACCAAGUGAAGGAUGGCGGGUGCGAGUUGGUGGAGAAGGGAGAUCGACCGAAGUUGUGA